AUGUGGCGGCCCUCAGGGUCACUGGACAUCAUUGAUUUGAACAACGAGACUUUCUUGGUGACAUUUAACAACGAUCAUGAUUAUCUCAAAGCGCUUACAGGUGGUCCAUGGGUGAUCUUAGACCACUAUCUUCUUGUUCAUCAAUGGACGCGAAGCUUCCGAUCUACGGACAAACCUCACCGAUCGGUCGUUGCUUGCGUCCAAUUUCUUGAGCUGCCAGUGCAUUUCUACCACAAAGAAGUUUUAUUUGCAAUUGGAAACUUAAUUGGUCGCACAGUGAAGUUGGAUUACCACACGGAAACGCUUCAACUAGGGAAAUUUGCCAGGAUUGAUAUUAAGUUAGAUCCGACAAAACCUCUUCCGACAAAGGUUUACCUUGACGGCAUUCGACAGCAGGUUCUAUACGAAAAUCUCCCUCAGAUUUGCUAUGAGUGUGGCAGAAUUGGACACCUCAAAGAACAUUGCCCGAAUCGGUCACCAUCCCAGGAGCUAGCUCUGGUUUUAGUUCCCGACAACGCAUCGCCGAGCUUGCCAGCGAAUCAAUCAUCGGAAACCCCUCCGGCUACGGUCCGUGGAUGCAAGUCACUCGAAAGUCAUGGAAGCCGAAUAAACCCAAAUCGGGUAACUACUCGAACUUUCCUCAAUCAUUUGGUACUGAUUCAGGUAAAGCUGUACCAAAAUCAGGGGGGAAAGGGAAAGGAGAAUCACACAAAGGAGUGA